AUGCACGCCAUGCAAUUCAAGCGGCCCAAGUCGCCGCUCAAGUGCCAGCCAACGACUGCGCGCCUCGAGCGGCCCUGGACGUCGCCGCAGUACGAGGAGCUGCCAAAAGAAGAGCGGGAUAUCGUGCUGGAUCGGCUGCAAAAAGAGGUGGCCAACGUGCCGUCUACGCGACGCUACAGCGUCCGAGGCGUGAGGCAAGUGGCGAAAGCGAUCGCAAGACGCGACGUGCGCGUCGUUGUGUUUGCCAAGAACCACGAGUCGCUGCCGUUUGGCCACGUGCCGCUGCUCUGCCGACUGCACGACGUGCCUAUUUGUGUGCUGCACGUGUCGUCCAAGACGCUCGGCCGCCUCUUUGGGCUCAAGAGUAUGGCGGCCAUUGGCAUGCGAGCGCCUGGGACGGGCGCAAGUAAUGAAGACAUGGAGGCAGAGGAGGCAGGAGAGAUGAAGAAAAUUGAGAGCAUCACGGCGUUCCUGGUUGCAAAAGCAAGCAAACACGUGAGUUGUCCACAUGUUCCUGUUCGAAGAUUCGCAGCACUGCGGAAGGUGUUGGUAGUCGUUGGCACGACGGGUGCAGGCAAGACAAAGCUGUCGGUGGAUUUGGCCAGGGCCGUGGGUGGGGAGAUUGUUAACUCGGACGCAAUGCAGAUGUACCGUGGACUCGACGUGGCCACGGCCAAGAUCACAGAACAUGAGAAGCAAGGCGUUCCGCACCACCUCUUUGACGUCAUCGACCCGAGCUCUUGCUGUGACGUACUGGAGUUCAAGCGCCUGGCGUUGCGAGCUAUCGACAAUAUUUUGGCUAGAGGCAGAGUCCCUAUCGUUGUAGGCGGCACUAUGUACUACACGCAGUCGAUUCUCUGGAAAUCGCAGUUGCUGGAUGACGUACCGCUCAAGGCGUCCGCCAUGCAGCAGCAGCAGAAGCAAGAACAGUGUACGCCAGACGCCCUUUACGCCCGACUGCAAGCUGUGGACCCGGUCAUGGCUGCUAGAUUGCAUGUUAACAACGUACGCAAGGUGCAGCGCAGCUUGCAGGUGUUUGAACAGACCGGCGUCCCUCACAGUAAGCUGCUGGCUCAGCAGGAACGGGAAUCGCGCAACAUCGAGCAGUAUUUCGAUGCCUGUGCCUUCUGGGUGCAUGCAUCCAAACCGGUGCUGAGUGAACGUCUGGUCAAGCGUGUAGACACGAUGCUGAGUUCUGGACUGCUGGAGGAGAUCCGCAGUCUGCGCGCUCAGCUGAAGGAGAAUCCACCACGGCUGCACCCGGGCGGUGACACUGAUGAAGCACGGAACUCUGUCGGCAUUUUGCAAGCUAUCGGGUACAAGGAGUUCCAGUCGUAUUUUGACGCGCUCGAGGCUGCUGACGACAAGUCGGACGAUCCGAAGGUGCUAGAGACCGUGUUGCACUCGUGUAUCGAACAGCUAAAUAUUGGCACGCGACAGUAUGCUCGCCGACAGCUCUCUUGGAUACGCAACAAAUUCGUGACGAAGGAUAUACCGGUCUAUCAACUGGACAGCAGCGAUGUCACGAAAUGGGCUACGCUCGUGGCGGAUCCUGCGAUCGAGAUUGCUCGCAAGUUUCUGAAAGGCGAAGAGAUCACGAGUCACCAGACCGUGCAGCAGCAAAAGCCUGAAGCUGCUGAGGUAGUUUCACUGGAGGACAAGUUUCAGAGGAACUCGUGCUCAGUCUGUCAUGGGCGAGAGUUUACAGGAAAGAAGCAAUGGGCUGAGCACUUGCGCUCGAAAGGACACAAGUUCCAUCUCAAGCGAAUACAGAUCGAGAUGGAGCAAAGAGGACGCGAACUGCUACAUAACAGGAAGCGUCGUGACGAGCACAAGGAAGUGCUGGGACUGCAGCCAGCAACAGAUAGAGGAUCGUAG